CGCAGAACCAGAGCGCGCAUCGGAGCGCAUCCGAUCCCGCAGAACCAGAGCGCGCAGCGCGCACCGGAGCGCGUCCCGCAGACCCGGCCGGAGCGGGCGGAACCGCUGCCCGAGACCCCAGCGCUCGGAUCGAUCGCCCUCCCUCCUCCCGGGGUUCCACGGGUUUAUUUCCACCCGCCGCAGCCCCCCGCCGGCCCCUGUGUCUGAUGCGGCGCAGAUAAGUCUCCGCCGAUCCCGUGUGUCGCGCUGCUUGUCGCCGGCGGCGUGUGCGCGCUGGACGGUCGCGCUCCGCGCGUCCCCGUGAAAUCGUCUCCGCGCGCAGCGUGAACGGAGCAGACGCCUCCCGAGCGAGCGAGCGAGCGAGCGAACGAGCACCAUGAGCGACACGGCCCCGGACAGCUGUCCCGUGCCGGACCCGGCCAUCGUGGACCCGUCGGCGCGCAACGGAGGGGCCCCCCCCGCGGAGCAGCACGCGCACAAGCAGGACGGACAGGUGGACCCGUUCAACAUGGACCGGGACCAGGACCGGGAGAUGAGGAUCAGCGACACCGUGGAGGGACAAGGUCUCCUGGAGAGCAGCAUGCGGCUGAAGCCCCAGGAAGCCCAGAACUACCGCAAGAAGGCCUUGUGGGUGUCCUGGAGCUCCAUCGUGGUGACGCUGAUCCUCGCAGUGGCUGGAUUCACUGUUUCUUUCAUGAGGUACAGCGCCUCUGCGUUCGGAUUCGCUUUUGAUGCCACGCUGGAUGUGUUGUCCUCCAUCAUUGUGCUGUGGCGCUAUAGCAACGCUGCUGCUGUCCACUCCGCCCACAGGGAAUACAUCGCCUGCGUUACCCUGGGCAUCGUGUUUAUCCUCUCUUCGCUGUGCAUUCUGGGAAAAGCCAUCCGUGGCCUGGCCACCAAGAUCCUUCCUGAAGUGGACGACUUCCUCUUCAGCGUGUCCAUCAUCAGCGGCAUCGUGUGCACCAUCCUAGCGGUUCUCAAGUUCAUGCUGGGCAGGGUGUUGACGAGCCGGGCCCUCAUCACCGACGGUUUUAAUUCUCUUGUGGGCGGAAUAAUGGGCUUCUCCAUCCUCAUCAGCGCCGAGGUGUUCAAACACGACCCUGCGGUGUGGUACCUCGAUGGAACAAUAGGGGUCCUCAUCGGUCUCAUCAUUCUGGCCUACGGCGUGAAGCUGCUGAUGGACAUGGUGCCCAGGGUGAGACAGACGAGGAACUACGAACGCUUUGAGUGACGGCGCGGCUCUGCAGGGGCACGGCACACCUCCCCACCAAGGGCCAUGCCGGGAGAGACUCGGAGCACCAACCAAAACCGGACUUUAGGUGCCAGUGGUAUUUCUGUUCAAAAGCAGCCCUCCAUUGCUACCAUUUGCCCCCUCCCUGUAUAAUUAAUUUUUUAAAACUCCCAACCCAAUUGUAUCCAAAAAUGCAAAGUGUCUCCAGCACAAAAAAGAGAGCGGAAGCCUUACCUGCCGUUCCUCUUCUGGAACAAGAUGAAGAAGUGGAGUCCAACCCAAACACCUGUGCUGUGUCGAUGGUGGUGUCCAGCAGGGCGGCGCCAAUGUUCUCAGCAAAUGUAUCUUGAAAAAAGAUCUCAUUUGAGGCUAAAGGAAAAUUAUAACUGAAUAUAAUUUUGUUUUCCCUAAAAUCUAUUUAGCUCCCCAUGCAAACAUCUUUAUGUGAAUAAGUUUUGGAAGUGACUCUAUGCGAUUUGAGUCUACAGCAUAGUGAAGGAAGGUGAGUUGGACAAGAUGAAUGCAGCACUUUUACAGAAUAUACAAAUAUACAAGCACCUGGCCGAGAUGGUUUGACGCCACUUUGACUAUGAGUGAGGAAACGAGGCAGCGUAGGAGGCCAAGGCCCGUCUCACCAACACGAACGGUGUUAGUUAAGGCCUCGAUUGGACUCCUGGUGAGUCUACAGGUGGCCUCAUCGACUCCGACCGUCGGAAGGCGCGUGAAAAUCACAGCUGCCCUCAAAAGUGAAGUCACGUGUUGCACUGGGAGGCAUUAGUGGAUGGGGUGGCUUGAAGGCGAUGUGUCGGGAAGAUCCAAAGAAUAUGGAUUCGAUUAACAAUUAAUAUCGUUACUGAAAAUGAAGCACAAAAUUCUUGGUCUCUCCAUUUAUGGAGUCCAUUACAGUUUGUCUGGCAUUUCCACACUUUCUAAAAGUUUUUUUAAUGAGCUUUCAGGCUAAACUAUUUGAGUUCGAGGGUUUUAUCCCUGAGCCCUUGGCAAAGUCCACAAAGCCCAGCAGGACGCAGUCGGCCACCUGCCAGAGACGAAUUAGAGAGUGAGAGCAGCAACGUGCCACGCUGCACUCAAUCACACUCACUGGAGGGAGUUUUUCUGAGCGCCAGGGCUCUUCCUACCUGUAAGGCCACCAUUAUCUUACCAAACAAAAAGGAUUACAU